AUGGCUGGUGCUGCCCAGAGAAAUGCCUGGCAUGCCGUCCAGGUUACUCUUUUCUCGAGCUAUGCAAAUGUGAUGCUGGUGUUUGUCUUCCUGGGCAUUUUCGCCGGUGCUCGAGGAUGGGAACCAUCAGCUGUGUUCUUAUUGAAUUUCUUAGCCAUCUUUCCCCUAGCUUCCUUGCUCUCCUUUGCGACUGAAGAAUUAUCCAAAAGUGUGGGACAGACCGUGGGGGGACUGAUUAAUGCGACCUUUGGAAAUGCGGUAGAGAUGAUAGUGGGAAUUACGGCUGUAACUCAAGGGGAGAUCAACAUUGUUCAAUCGAGUAUGGUUGGCAGUAUUCUUUCCGGAACUCUUCUGGUUCUCGGAUGCUGCUUCCUGGGUGGAGGAUAUGGCAAAGAGACGCUAUCCUUCAACGUCGAUGUCACUCAGAUCAUGUCGUCUUUGAUGAUCGUUGCCUCGACCUCCCUCAUCAUCCCUUCCGCUUUAUACUCGACUACUCUCUCCGAGCUGCCUGAGGGAGACGAUUACAUCCUCACCCUAUCCCAUAUCACUGCGAUUUUCCUACUCAUGUUUUACUUGGUCUAUCUUUAUUUUCAACUGAAAAGCCACGCUCAUCUUUUCGCGAGCACCGAGGAGGAAUCGGACGAAAAGCGCGAAUUAGAACCUCUCCCCGCUAGCAUCAUUCUGAUCCUUGCAACCCUUGGAGUCACCGUCUGCUCCGAUUACUUGGUGGAGGGCGUGGACGGGUUUGUGGAGGUAUACGGCGUCAGUCGGGCUUUCUUGGGGAUGAUUGUCGUCCCCAUUGUCGGCAAUGCGGGCGAAUUUGCCAUCACAGUGAAUGCCGCAAUGGGCGACAAGUUAGAUCUCGCCAUUGGGGUGAUUGUUGGAAGCACGCUUCAGAUUGCGCUCUUUGUGACUCCGUUCCUGGUGAUUUGUGGGUGGUUUCUCGGGCAGCCAAUGUCUCUGCGGUUUAAUACUUUCGAAACCGCUUGCUUCUCCCUUGCUGUGGUGGUGAUGAACUGCUUGACUCGAGAGGGGAAAUCGAACUACUUUGAAGGGUUAUUACUGAUCGGGACGUAUUUGAUCAUCGCGAUCGCAUUCUACGUCCAUCCGGAUAAACCCUUGAACGACCAACCAGAUGCCAAUACGGCCGACCCUACGAUCAUCGAUCGCCCCAGAAAUACCUUCGAUCUUACGGCAGAGCAGCUCAGCGAACUCAUAGAGUCUAGAAGCAUAGAGACUUUCCAUGCGUUAGGCGGUCUUGCCGGGUUGGAGAAAGCGCUGCGAACUGAUCGAAACAGUGGGCUAAGUGUCGAUGAAUCAACGAUUGGAGACUUUACCGAGUCAACGGAGGUUGCAACAGGACAACAGAAUGGCUACUUCACGGACAGGACCAAGGCAUUCGGGAAUAAUCAUCUUCCAGUGAAGAAACAGCCGAGCAUUUUCCAGCUCAUGUGGAUGGCAUACAAUGACCAUGUUCUGUUCUUCUUAACCGGAGCGGCAAUUGUCUCUUUGGCGCUCGGUCUAUACCAGGCACUCGCGACCAAGCACUCCGCUCGCAAUCCGCCCGUUGAAUGGGUGGAAGGGGUCUCGAUCCUUGUCGCUAUCAUCGUCAUUGUUCUUGUCGGUGCCGCGAAUGAUUUUCAGAAACAAAUCAAGUUUCAAAAAUUAAACAAGAAGAAGCUAGAUCGCAACGUGACCGUCGUUCGAUCCGGUCACGCACGUGAAGUCCUGAUCUCUGACCUAGUUGUGGGAGAUGUUGUCCAUGUGGAACCUGGGGAUGUAAUCCCGGCGGAUGGGGUUCUAAUCCAGGGAUACCAUGUCAGAUGCGAUGAGGCGUCCGCUACCGGUGAAUCCGACCUCCUACGUAAACAUGCUGGGGAUGAAGUUCUCGAUGCGAUUCGAAGGAACGGUGAUACUCAAAGCUUGGACCCCUUCAUAAUAUCCGGGUCCAGUAUAGCUGAAGGGGUCGGGUCGUACUUGGUGAUUGCGACUGGCACCAAUUCCAGUUAUGGCAAGAUUCUUCUCACGCUGAAUGACAAUCCUGGAUUUACACCCUUGCAAACCCGGCUCAAUGUAUUGGCGAAGUACAUCGCAAACUUCGGUGGACUUGCAGCUCUUGUGUUAUUUAUCAUCCUUUUUAUCAAAUUCCUCGCUAGCCUUCCUCACAGUAGUCUAACGCCAGCAGAAAAGGGCCAACAGUUUCUAGACCUUUUUAUUAUCUCGCUGACGGUCGUGGUGAUCGCAGUGCCGGAGGGUCUCCCACUGACAGUGACCCUCGCACUAGCUUUUGCAACCACAAGGAUGCUCAAGGACCAUAACCUAGUUCGCAUGUUGAGGGCCUGCGAAACCAUGGGCAAUGCGACAGACAUAUGCUCGGACAAGACCGGGACUCUGACCCAGAACAAAAUGACAGUCGUCGCCGGAGUGAUUGGCACUGCCGGCAAGUUCGUUGAUCCACAACAGGUGGAUAACGAUCUUGCUGAUCCGUCCACCAGCCCAACGACCAGCGACUGCACUCGGUGUCUUGCGCCUGACUCAAGAUCGCUUCUCAGGCAAUCCAUUUCACUCAACUCCACCGCAUUUGAGAGCACCGACGAAGGUACCACGUCAUAUGUAGGGUCUAAAACAGAAGCUGCCCUCUUAACAUUUGCUCGAGAUCAUUUAGGAAUGAGUCAACUUGAUGUUGAGCGCUCAAAUGCGAAAAUUGUAGAAGUUUUUCCGUUCGAAAAUGCUCGCCAGUGUAUGGUCACAGUCGCUCAACUGGAGAAUGGCAGGUAUCGCGCCUAUGUGAAAGGAGCCCCAGAGGUACUGCUCGACAAGUGUAUCGAAGCAAUUGAGGACCCAAGCAAAGGGCUCUCUACACGACCGAUCAAUGCAGAUAUGGCCCAGGGUCUACGUCAGAUAAUCGCCGAUUAUGCCUCAAAGUCUUGGAGAACAAUUAUUGUGUUGUUCCGUGACUUUGACGUAUGGCCUCCCCUUUAUCAACUGGAUGAUCAAGUGGAAGAAAUAAGAAUAGAGGACAUUCUCCAAGAUCUUACUUUCCUCAGCAUCAUGGGUAUCCAAGACCCUCUCCGAAACGGUGCUCGGGAUGCCGUGCAGUCUUGCCAUAAAGCUGGUGUGACCGUUCGUAUUGUGACAGGCGAUAACCUACUGACAGCAAAAGCCAUUGCCGAGGAAUGUGGUAUUCUCGCAAACCCAGAAGAUGUUGCGAUGGAAGGCCGAGAGUUUCGUCGGCUUGGCGAGUCACAACAGCUCGAGGUCAUUCCACGUCUCAAGGUCUUGGCAAGAUCUAGCCCAGAAGACAAAAGGACAUUGGUUCGUAGACUGAAAGCAAUGGGAAGAACUGUUGCUGUCACUGGUGAUGGAACAAAUGAUGCCCCUGCUAUGACAGCAGCUGAUGUCGGAUUUUCUAUGGGUAUCUCCGGAACUGAAGUCGCGCGCGAAGCCUCGUCUAUUGUACUUAUGGAUGACAACUUCAGUUCAAUUGUGAGGGCAAUCAUGUGGGGUCGAGCUGUCUCAGAUGCCGUCAAGAAAUUUCUGCAAUUCCAAAUAACCAUCACAUUCACCUCUGUCGGCCUCGCUUUCGUCUCAUCCGUCGCCAGCUCCAAUGAACAGUCGGUUCUUACUGCUGUACAGCUUAUGUGGGUAAAUCUGUUCCAAGACACGUUAGCAGCGCUGGCACUGGCAACCGACCCUCCAUCGCGAAAAGUAUUAGACCGGAAGCCAGAGCCGAGAUCAGCGCCUUUGAUCACAAUUCCAAUGUGGAAGAUGAUCAUAGGGCAAUCGAUCUAUCAGCUAGCGGUGACUCUUGUCCUUCACUUCGCCGGAAGCAGCAUCUUCUCCUAUACGCCCGACGACAAGGAUGGUCUUCAAACUGCGGUAUUCAAUACAUACGUUUGGAUGCAGAUCUUUAAUAUCAACCGCCAACUCGAAAACAGCAUCAACCUUCUCGAGGGUUUAUCCCGAAACUGGCUAUUCAUAUGUGUCACUGUCUUAAUGAUGGGCUGCCAAGUCCUAAUCAUCUUUGUGGGAGGCCGCGUCUUCUCAGUUGUCAGACUUACUGGCACCCAGUGGGCUUACUCGGUUGUUUUGGGGGCUCUGUCUAUCUUGGUCGGGUUCGUUAUCAAACUCAUACCGGAUGAACCUGUUGAAUGGGCCUUUGCUGGAUUUGGGGCUAUCUGGUCAUUCAUAUUUUUAAAGUUAAAAGUUUUCCGGAGGAGAAGGAAUGAUGAUGUUAGUGCUUGA